CGGAGUCUUAGAGACGUAAUGCAUUUAACAUGUACUACAAUCAGAAAUAUUUCGACAAUAUCCGAGUCUUGGGUUGGUCAUUGCUCAUUGGUGGCUUUUGGGGUCACGAGAUGUCAUUGACCCAUGACACGGGUCAAACGUAAGAAAUUUUGCAAUCCCGCACGAAAACUUCACCACAAACGUCGAUUUUGAGAGGCGUUCGAGGAUGCCUUUGCUGAAGUGCCCCCGGACGCUGCAGACGUCGUGCCUUGACGCGGUGUGCAGACUGCCGCAGGAGGAGUGGGACAGGCCACACAUCGCCACAUGGCUACCUAAAAUCAUCAGUGGUGAAAAGCAGCCCUACAACCUCAGUGCAAACCUGUACCAGGCGUUGCUCGAUCACCUGAUCCAGACAGAGCAGCUGCAGGUGUGGCACCUGGAGUAUGUGGCCCAUGAGAGUUUGAGGAGUCUACGGCUGGAGAAGUGUCAGAACGUCCUUGACAAUGAUUCUACCGCUCGUUUCUCUCUCAGAUGCCCAAACGUGCAAGAUGUCUUUAUCAACUCGUGCAAACAGCUGUCACUGUUGGGAGUCAGCUUCAUGGUCUGUAAUUUUUCCCAACUGAUCAUUCUGGACAUUACUGGUACCAAAGCAAACGAUGACGUCAUGGCAAUGCUGGCAAACGGAUGCUCAGGACUCCAACAGCUGGACAUGUCGGGCACAGAAGUCACAGACAUCGGCUUAUUUGAGCUGUGUGGUCUGACAGAGUCAGGGAGGCAGGGGUGCAAGAAGAUCUUUCGACUCAACAUUCACAACAUUCAAGUCACCCUCUUUGGUCUGUCCUACGUGAUUAAGGCUUUGAAACAGCUAAGGCAGUUGGGCACAGAUCUGAACACCGGUCUAGUCCUGUAUGGCAUUUACCAUGACUACCUUAUGUACAACCUUCCCCUAAGCCCUCUCAAUCUGGACAUUGUCAGCUUUACUUCACAUAUGCUUGACUACUCCUUGCCAGUGCCUGCUUCAUACAUCAAGGCCCUGAAGCUAUGCCCUAAUCUUAUAGGUCUGGGGCUACGUUCAGCUAUGCUGGCAAACAUCGACGAGGAGAUUUUACAGAGUCUUACCCAGCUGAAUCAGCUAGAGGUUCACGAGGAUGAGUACCGAGAGCUCACCUUUCAGAGGGAAGUAGUUCCCUUCCUGAGUAGAAUUGGUGCCAAGUUGCAAGAUCUCACAUUCAUCGGUUUCUCCGAUGUGGACCUGUUAGCGGUCUCAAUCCACUGUCCUAAGGUGGAGAGUUUAACACUAGAGAAUACACAGGGUUUUGCCGAGCAGCCAUCCCAGCAGGUGAAUGAUUCUGCAUUUCAAAAUCUUUCUUCAUUCAUCAUUGAGGUUAAUGUUGAAGAGAUGCCACAAGAGCCGAUCCAAUACCAGCUCGGCCGCGUGCUGAAAAACGCACUGAACGUAUCGAUCCUGCACCUGUGGGGCGUGGACUGCAUCACAGAUGACUUCAUGACUGACGUGAUGAAGUACAACAAGUUUGAGUUUCUCUGGAAAUUGCGGCUGAUCGACUGUCCCAACGUCACGCGCAAAACUGUGGAGGCCUUCAUGAACGCAGAGAACCACUUUGGCGAGUUGAUCGUGGAGUCCUGCAACAAACUGAAGAAGUCAGACCUGGAAGAGAUAAAGAAGCUGGCAGACAGUAAAAACCUUUCCUUGUCUGUUAUACAAGGCUGGGGUAAACCAGAGGAAGUUAACGGUGAAGAAGCACAGUGGGCAGCGAUGUAGAUUGGCUCGACAAUAUGUGACGUUUUUGGACUAGAUCUCCAGAUUAAAAUCUUCCAGUUUUCACAGGAAAAUCCCUUUUAUAUUUAGGAGUGAGCUAAUGUUGAUAAAUGCCGUAGCUUGGUAGAUACUAUAGAGCAUCAGUAGGCCAUGCUUGGGCCUGAAAUAUUGGGUGCCAAAUUAAUUGGAGCUGUGCACCUGAUUCUUGACUGUGUGCACCAGUAUAUAUGGUGGGGUUAUGUUUAUGUGUAUUAUGUUUAUUAUGAUUUUACACUAUCAUAAAGCAUAACAUUUAAUGUCAGAAAAAAGAAUGAAACCUUUGUAUAAGAUAAACUUGUUUAUAAAUAAGCUACUAGAUGUAGUAGUAGAUAACUUCAGAUUUAAUGUGA